CAAUUUUAUAAUCUAUCAUCUGCUUUUGCUUUCAUUUGUCAAUUUCUUUUACUGUUCUUAACGUUCAUAUCAAUGAAUUUAUGAAUAUAAAAAUGAUAAUUCUAGCAACGGUAAAUUUUGAUGUUAAUUAGCAUAUUUCAACUCGCAUCUCCUUAUAUAUAUAUGUCUCCCAAAAAUUUCUCAAAUCCCAAACAUAUAGUUUCAGAGCAAGUGAAAACUUUCUAGUUUGCAUUUCUUUUUUUCACUCAAAACCAAAAAAGAAAGGAGGAAAAAUGGCAAUGAGAUUUCUAGUGAUCUUUCUAGCCAUUUCAAUGAUCAUGGCACCGUUAAUUCAUGCCAUUCCCGACCAAACCGACGAGGCUGCCGACAAAUGGUUCAAAAAUCUUCCCAAUGCAAAACCUAAAUCCAAAAAGCUUCAUUUCUUCAUCCACGACGUGGCCAAAGCACCAACCGGACAAUACCCUAGUAUCGUCCCGGUGGCUCAGGCCAACAUGACGGCUCAUUCGCCGACACAAUUUGGUGUCGUCAAUGUUGUGGACGAUCUUUUAACAUCUGGACCAAGUACGAGCUCGAAACAAGUCGGGUAUGUGGAAGGAGUCUAUGUUUCGUCUUCACAAAAAACGGUGAGUUUACUUGUUGCACUUAACUUUGUGUUCACGGAAGGGAAACAUAACGGCAGCACUCUAAGCGUUUUGGGACGGAUCGCGGAGUUUUCGGCCAAUAGGGAGUUUCCGAUCUUGGGCGGGUCCGGCGACUUUAAGAUGGCGCAAGGAAUUGCGGUGGCGAAUGUUCACUCGGCCGAUCCGAAGACCGGAAACCGUAUCGUGGAGUGCAAAUUCCGGUUUUUGCACUAUUGAAGAGAUCUUGUCACUGUUUUUCUUUAAUGUACUUUAAUUAAUGUCCCAUUGUCCCCCCCUCUUUUUGAGUCACUUUGUCGUCUGUUUUUAAUCAUGCUUUGAUGUUCAAUAAAUAUUACUUUAUUUUGUGACGAAAGAAUUUUACGUUCUUCUAUUUGUCCUUUGUGCGGAAAAAUAAAUUCUUCAAUGAGUUUUUCUGUAUUUUUGCUUUUAAGUUAUUGGUAGGGUUAUUGGCAAAAAAAAAAAUUAAUAUAAAGGAAGUUAAUAGUAAGGUUGAAUUAAAAGCAUCAUUGUACU